AUGGCGUUCCUCCUUAACCAACUGACCUUGCGUAUGCCGUUGCUGUUGUCGUUUGGCUGUGUUGUUCUUCAGUUGCUGACCUGCUUGUUUACAGUCAAGGCCACUACCGCCAAUACAUUCAACCAGACAGUCAAAAAGGUCGACACAGGCAUCCCUGCUAUCGGAAAGGCCGUCUAUUUUGCCAUUGCAGGCGCUAGAGCCAAAAUGCUCGGCAAGACAUAUUCCGAUGUGCUCACCUUCUUGCACUACGAAUUGACCACUCCUGAGACUGAGGAGAGCUGGAAAAAGCGCCAGGAUCUCCUAGCUGAACUCUCGGACAUCUUCGAGAAACGCAAAGACAACAGCACCAUUCCCAACGACUUUGUUCAGAAAGUCAAAGCCGUUCUACCUCAUAUUGUCACCACGGCCGGCACUGAGCGUACCACCUUGUCUGUUCAAGCCUGCCGCGCUCUCUCCAACAUUGCAAAACACCUCGAAACUCAGAUCCAGCCACAACUUGAUCUUCUUCUUCCAGGUCUCAUUGCCAUCUGUGGUUCGACCAAGACGGUCGCGCAGAAAAACGCCAAUGACACCAUCAUCAACAUCUGCAAACAUGCUGGGUACAGCCCCCGGCUCUUCUAUCAUGUCUGCGCUGCAUUCAAAGACAACCGCAUUCCUCCCCGCACUUAUGCCCCCGAGUGGCUGCGCACCCUCAUCGAAACCUAUCGCUCUCAGAUGGACCGUGAGAAAGACGGUCCUGCUUGUGAAAAGGCCAUAUUCCAAGGCCUCACAGAUGGACAGGUCAAAGUCCGCGAGAAUAGCCGUGCCGUCUUCUGGACCUUCCAUUCAUAUGACCCAAAAGGUGCCCGCACCAUUAUGGGCAACCUCAACACCCAUGCUCAAAAGGCUUUGAAAGCCGAUCCACACAAUCCCGACAAAUCCUCCGCCGCCGCCGCUCGUGCCAAUGCUGUUCCAAGACCAAAGUCGGCACUUGCAUCCAUCAAAGCACAGAAUAAAGAGCGCAUGGCUCAAUCUCAAGAGUCGUCCCAACAACGUGGCCUGACUCCGGAACCCCCAAAAUCAUCAUCAGCAUCAGAAGACAUCAAAAUCUUUGGUACUAUGGAUGAUGCAGAAAAGAAACCCGCCCUUCUCUCAGCACCAGUCAGGAGACGCAUCGUUGCCACUCCAAUGCCUUCAGUCACCAGCGUCCAGGCUCAGCGCCCUGAAUCUCGUGGCCGUGCUGUGACGUCGGCAUCCUCCGUUUCCAAAGACAUCACCGUCUCUAGAGACAUCAUCGUCUCCAAAGACAUCGCCGUCUCCAAAGACAUGACCAUGACCACACUACCGGAGAGUGUGCCCAAGUCAAGCUAUGAGACGGUACCCAAAUCCAGCUAUGAGACGAUCAAAUCUGAUGGCAAAGAAAAUGCCAUGGUCAUUCGUCCACGCAAGAAGAAAUCACCUCGGCGUUCUCCCGAAAGAGAUCGUCUUGCCUCCGAGAAAAAGAUCCUUGGAAUGGCUAUGGAGGCACUUCGGCGGUCCAAUCUCGAUGCUCUUGGCUACCGCAGACUGAAAAAACUGAUCGAAGAAACCCCCGGUGCUUUGAUCACCAAACAAUCACAGUUUAAUGAGCUCUUUGAACUUCUCAUCAAAAACAUGGUGUCGUUGGAUACGAUCACCGAAUCUCGAGAUAAACGAACCACGAACCUCAAUCACCCCGCCUAUAACACGCACACCAUUCUCCUAACUUUGGUCCAACUCUACCAUCAAUAUCCACACUGGCCAGAACCACAGCCAGGCAUGACGCUGUCGGCGCUUCUCAUUGCGCGAUGCAACCACAGCUCGUCCUACGCAUCCGUGCUUUCGGCCAUCGACGACGGUGCCUAUCUCCUUUGCUCCCAAACUCAGACUAUCCUCCCUGAAAUCGAUGCUGUUCUCGACACUCUUGAACAGAUUGAGCAUAUCAUUACCACCAACGAUCCUAUUGUUACCCCAAAGUCAACGGACACUAUUUUAUACAACAGCCUCCAGAGCCUCGCGUCGGAUUUUGGCCCAGAAAAGCCUCGCUUUGCAAACAGGCUCCCUAUUAUUAUGGACUUUGGUCUGAAGAUCCUUAAUGCUCUCCUUUUCCGCCUUAUUCACUGCAAUGAAUCUCUUUACGAGAUCCAAGAGGAUCGCCUCGUCGCCUUUGCAGUACACCUCCUUGCCACCUACACAUCUAUCAUCAAAAGAGCAGUCAUGAACUUUUGCAUCAACCUUCACGACCUUGUCAAACCAGAAGAAAGAUUCUACAAGUACUUCAAGAAGGAGUCGGACAAGAACUUGAUUCAGUAUUAUGUCGACAUGGCUGAAAACCCUUAUUGA